AUGACUCGGUCGAAAGCUUGUGGCUCACAAAACGUCUACCACACUAAACGUGUUAGUCUUCAAGAGAAAAAAACCCAGGACCUUUCUUCCCCCCUGAGAAAGGACGGAGAUUAUACCAUUGCAGGGCUGUUCCGAAUUCACCGCAUCACCUUCGAAAUGAAAUCCAGGCCAGAGGUUGACAUUUGUGCGAGCAUGGGGAACAGGAGCAGUCACGGCUACUACCUCGCCCAGGCCAUGCGGGUCAGCAUUGCGGAAAUCAACAACUCCAGAUGCCUCCUCCCAAACGUCACGUUGGGCUAUGAAAUCUAUGACAUCUGCUCGCAGUUGACCAACCUGUAUGCCACGCUCGGACUCCUGUCCCAGGGGGCCGAGGGCUGUCACAGCCAUCAACACAUCCCCGUUGCCGACAACUACACAGGCUACCUGCCCAAAGCGGUGGCCGUGAUCGGGCCGGACAGCAGUGAGAAUGCUCUGAUUACAGCCAGCCUGCUGGGCAUCUUCCUCAUGCCAGAGAUCAGCUACGAAGCCAGCAGUCCAAUACUAAGCCGUAAGCGUGCCCACCCCUCCUUCCUGCGCACUAUCCCCAGUGACCGCCUGCAAGCAGAGGCCUUGGUGAGACUGCUGAAGGAUUUCCAGUGGACCUGGGUGGCGGCGGUGGGCAGCGACAAUACCUAUGGGCGCCAGGGCCUGCACACGUUGCACGAGGUGGCCAUCAAGGAAGGCAUCUGCUUCGCCUAUCAAGGGAUCAUCUUCAUGGAGACUAGCAGCCAGGAACUGGUGGAAAAUGUGCACGCUGUACUAGCCUCCAAAACGGAGGUUGUCAUCCUCUUUGCCAACAAGCGCGGCGCCACGAUGUUCUUCCAGGAGGUCGUGCGGCAAAACGUAACCGGGAAGGUGUGGCUGGGCACAGAGGACUGGUCAUUGUCUCGAGAAAUCUGGGACAUCCACGGCAUUCGCAGUAUUGGCACGGUGAUUGGGGUGACGAUCAUGCAGGCGCCACUCCCAGAAAUGUGGGACUUUGAGGCUGCUUCCAGGCAUUCGGAGAGUCACAGACCCCAGGCCUCCUGUUUUCAGGGUUGCAACAAGACCUGCAGCCAGCUCUGUUCCCAGUUAUAUGUACCAGCCCUACAACCUUUACUGGAGCCAUCGCCAUAUGACACUCAAGCAGCUUUCAAUGUGUAUUCUGCCAUCUAUGCUGUGGCACACAGUCUCCAUCGCUUGCUGGGCUGCCGAACAGGGGUGUGCCGCAAGAAUACCGUCUAUCCCUGGCAGCUCCUCAAAGAAAUUAAAGAGGUGAACUUCAGCGUGAAAGGCAGGCAGAUUUAUUUCGACAGCAAUGGGGACCCCCUGACAGGCUACGACAUUGUCCAGUGGAAGUGGGCAGACCAGAUAUGGUCCUUCGAUGUGAUCGCCAUAUUCAGCAGUAACCCAGUCAACCUGACCAUCCAUUGGGAGAAACUGCAGUGGCACACUCGAGAUAACCAGGUUCCUGUCUCGGUCUGUUCCAAAGACUGUGCGGUGGGGGAACAGAAGGUACUGCAGGGGAUCCAUCAGUGCUGUUUCCACUGCGUCACCUGCUCUCCAGGGACCUUCCUGAACAAGAGCAAUCCCUAUACCUGUCAGAUGUGCCAGGAAGACGAGUGGGCCCCAGCCGGAAGUGAGACCUGCUUCCCCCGAGCCACCAUCUUCCUCCACUGGAGCGACCGCAUCUCUCAGGCUCUGCUGUCUGCCGCCACCCUGCUCCUCGUGCUGCUGGCCGGGGCCCUGUUCGUCUUUGCCCAGAAAGCCAACACGCCUGUCGUGAGGUCCGCCGGGGGCUGGCUGUGCUUCGUCAUGUUGAGCGCUCUGGCUGGUGCCAACGCCAGCCUCUACUGCUACUUUGGGGUCCCCAGCAGGUACACCUGCCUGCUGAGGACAUCCAUGUACACCGUCAGCUUUAACAUCUGCCUGGCCUGCAUGGCAGCCCGCUCCUUCCAGAUCAUCUUGAUCUUCAAGAUGGCUUCCAAGGCUCCGGGCCUGUACGAGGCCUGGAAGAAUCAUCACGGAUGCGGCCUCUUCAUAGGAGCCUGCACGGGUCUACAGGGGGCGAUCUUCCUUAUCUACCUGUGUGCCACCCCGCCAUUUCCCCACAAGAACUACGACACGAGUGACCAAGUGACCCUCCUGGAGUGCAAAGAACGCAGCUCUGUGCUGUCUCUUUUAGGAUUCGUGGGCAACGGGCUGUUGGGGAUCUUCUGCUUUGUCAUCAGCUACAUGGGCAAAGAUCUGCCCAACAGCUACAAUGAGGCCAAGUGCACCACCUUCAGUCUGAUUAUCUACUUUGCCUCUUUAAUCUCCUACUCCACCACCUUCAGCGUCUACAGGGGCAAGUACCUGCCAGCCAUUCACGUCGCCUCCCUCCUCCUCCCCCUCUUCGGGAUCUUUGGAGGCUACUUCGUCCCCAAGAUCUAUCCUCUUCAGAUCUGA